GCUAUAACAAAGAGUGGCGCUGCGAUCGCAGCCAGUUUGACAGUUCAACCAAGUACUCAUGAGUCUGGGACAAUCUGCGAUUAGUAUCUUGCGAACUAUUGCAACGGUUGGUUGUGCGUAUUCUACGCGAGGCUACCUAGCCUUCUUGACAGUCUUAUACUUAACUCGGAGAGAAACCGUUCGAAUUCCAAGUAUUCUCUUUUCUAUCUAUUUCGCUUCCAGCUUGUUAUCGACAUUUCUUUAUUCUUCCAUUCUGGUCCCUCUGCGAGUUUCUCAUUCGCCAAUCUACUAAAUCGAAAUAUGCUCACGAUACAAUAAUGCUGUUUGUAAAAAAACAUGCAACUCAUAAGCCUCUUUGUACGGUACUAUAAUUAAUCUACUGGAACGUACAUACCUACUGCCUCGUAUAUCAAGAAAAUGCCUACACAACUCAGUAAAUUUUCUAUCCCUGCGAGCUGUAAAGAUUAUGUUCAUCCUUGGACAGAUUCGUGCGUCAGUGCUACAGCAGGAUUGGGUUUACACGCGCUUCAAGAAUCCCUCAGGAUUUAUUCCACUGUUUACUUCAUCACUCUGUUGAUGAGAGGAAAGCUGCCUUCGAAAAAUGAUAUUAAACGUACGCUAUAUGGCAUUCUCCAGUCUACCGCCUUUCUGUCUUGGAGUGCUUUUGCAUAUUCCAUGUUUCUAUGUUCUCUUAGAGGAACGCUGGGGAAUUUCAACAUACUGACCGUUUCCUUCUUUCCGUCCUUUUUAUCCAGUUUAUCUGCCAUUGUGAUAGAGCGGCCCUCGAGGCGAACGCUCCUGUGCCUCUACGUCUCAAAUAUUGCUACAGAAACAUUGUUUCGAAUGGGGGUAUGGAGGGGAUACUUUUCGACUCUUCCACGUGGUGAAGUUUAUAUAUUUGCCGCAAGCAUAACUAUCCUAUUGUAUAUGUUUCGCGGUCAAGUCAGUAAGCAGGAUUCGAUAUUUAAAAUAAUAAGGUUUGUCAUUGGAAAGUAUGAGGAACCAGGCAAUGAGGACAGGAGUGAUAAAGUAUUGUCAGAUGUAACAGAACCCGUGGCUGGUACCUCGAGAGACAGUUAUGUCAAGGAGAAUGAACGUAGUUCCAUAAGGAAAUCGAAAAAUCCUAUAUUCAAUGCCGUCUGGGAAUCAUUCAAAGUGUAUAAAGAGAUAAUCGAUCGAUUAAAGUCAUUCCGCAGUCACUCGUCUUGUCCGCAUCCUUAUAGUUGCGCUCAUUAUAUCUUAACGGGUACUGUUAAGUUGUUUGGAUGCGGUUUGGGCGCCCAAAUGGCCUUGAAGCUAGUUCUCAAAGUAAAACAAUUACUGAGGAGGCCAAAACUAAUUAAAAGUCUCAUUUUACGUAAGGACAAUUUGUACCUAGCUAGUUUCCUGGGUGGAUUCGCUGGACUCUACAGGUUAGCGUCUUGUUCUCUGAGGAGGGCGUUCAAUGAGGACUCGAGAUAUUACGCCAUUCCUGCUGGACUUUUGGCAAGCGUAGCCUUUUCCAUGUAUCCCGACAAUACAGUGGCAUUGUACGUUAUGUGGAAAGCGUUGCAGUUGCUGUGGAAUAGCGGUGUAGAAAAUGGAAAGCUGCCGGAAGUCAAGUGGUUUGUUAUUCUCUUGUACUGCUUCAGUACGGCCGUACUUUUCCACGCUGCUAUUAUAGAGCCUCAAAAUUUAAGAUCCUCUUACUGGAAGUUUCUCUGUAAUUUAUCCGGAGGCCGGAUUGCUGCAAUGGCGAGGACACCACUUGAUGGUUUUGGACUGGGCACUAGUGCGGCUCUUCAAGAAGUACUGAGAAAGACUCGUACUACUGAUCAACAUAAAUAUUCCUUUUAGCGUUACUAUAUUAUACUCCUCUGUGGAGUUUUUUGUACGUUUUUGGGCACUGCACAACAGUGUGCAAACAAAAUGAGAUAUGUUCUCGAAGAGUCUUUCAUUAGGUGUUGGAUUUCAGAUAGCGUUUCUACUAGGAAGCAAAUGGUACAUGGUUAGGUUUCUAAAUGCAUAAUCAUAACGAACGGAAGUGAAGGAACUCUUUCUCUCUAUUUUGCUCUCUUCCAUGCACACACACACACGCGCGCGCGCGCGCACAUACGCGGCUCUAAACAUAUCGGAUGAACGAAAAUUACAAAUUCAAUGCAAAAAGGGAUAAAGCAAACAAUCAAAAUAUCAUCGUGCCUAUAUGAACCUGUAAGGUAAACAUUGUUGAACAACUAUAGUAUCAUUCUGAUUGGUAUUGACAGGAGACUAGUUCCUAGGAUUUUAUAAUAAUGCUUAUUAUUCCAAUAAGACGAUUAUUUAGUACGAGAUACGUCCGUUAUUUUAUGAGUUGGUUAUUGGCACCACCCGUGUGUAGUCAUCGUCUGAAUAAAAGAAGAAAAAAAAAACCAAAGAAUCGAACAGCUCGUAUAUAUCGAAUCGGUUGAAUAUUAUUUACUGUUGCGAUGCAUUACGGAUUAGACAAAUGAAUAUUAUUGUUGUCUUUAGUUUUUUCAUAUUUCUACGUAUCAAUGCUGUUCGCAUUAAUUUACUCGGGAUUCGCGUAUUUUACGAUUUUCUUUUAAUUGUUAAUUCGAUACGUACGUUACGUAAGCUUUUUAGAAUCUAUUGUGAGUACUGCACGUCCACCACUAGUGUCUUGCCAGAAAAUGGUCAGUAAAGCAAACAAUAAUAAUGUGUAUUUUUUUACCCAAAGUAGCGACGUGCCUUUUGUUCGCCUAAAAAAUCACUACUAUAGGUAAUCUAAUAUACGUGCUGCCAUUUUAUUGCAUGUACGAUUGUUUUUUCCAUUCUUAACGUAGGUUUAAGGCUAAAUAAAAUAUUCCUGUGAUUAUUAUA